GUUUCAGGUAGGAGACCCCAUGGCAGCUGGACCACCAUGGGGCUGGCAUGCACUGCUCUUGCUGCUGCUGCUGGCGCCGAUGGCGAUGGCGUGCGAGGAGGUCUCGGAGAUUCGCGUCGUGCUCGAGACGGCCGAGUCGCUCGGCGCGCUCUUGAGCGAGAAGCUCCGCAUUCUGUCGUUUGUGCAGGACGAUCAGGGCCGCGGCCGACCUCUCGAAGCCACGGGCCUCGUCGAGGUGGGCGACACGCUCGUAAGCGUCAACGGCGUCGGCGUGACAGGCCUUUCACGUGCGAUCACGCAGCUGCAGACCGCCGAGGUGCCCCGCACACUGCUGUUUCGCGCCGCGACACCGCGCUGCGUGCUCGACGCGGCGCCACUCGACGACACGACCGUCCGGGUCGUCAACGGCGGGUGGACCGAGACGUUCUUCGCCCUCAAGUCCGAGUUUGGCGACUGGCCGCAGUGCUUCGCGCAUCCGCUCACGGUCGCGCAGCCAAUCGAUGCGUGUUCGCCGCUGCGCAACAACGUCUCGGAGCACUACGUCAUCGCGCAAAGCUCGCAUUUGUGCUCGCCGCACCAGCAAGCCAUCGUGGUCGGCCGCGCGGGUGGCCGCGGCGUCCUCCUCGCGCAGUACGCGGAGAAAAAGCCCGAGGCCGUGCGACUGCCGCCGCAGUACACCGGCACGAUUCGAACACCUGUCAUCAUGGUCUCGCACGCCUCAGGUCAAAAGAUGGCGAGCAUGGUCCUCUCCAGCCCCAAGCCGCCCCUGAUCUCACUCCUCGUGUCGCCGCAAUGCAAGGACACGACGGCAACCGCCACAACGCUGGCAUCCACCGUGCAAGACGCGCUGGCGACCGCGACCGCUGGCAACCUCAUCGCCCUCGCGCACGGACAGCUCCACGCGUACCCGUACCUCAAGGGGGCGGCGAGCCCGCGCCUCGGUCUUGGCCGCUUCAAGGUCCUGUUCGCCAUACACGACCUCUGCAGCGACGCGGUUAUGCGGUAUGUCAAGGGCGCGUUCGUCGUGGCGCCCAUCACCACAGGCUGUUCGCAGCAGCGCCAAGUCCAGUCCGUCGCGGCCAGCAAGGCGCUCGGGGUGGUCUUUUCCGCCACGAGUCCAUCGCAGAUUCUGCACCGCGUGGCCCUCGACGUGGCGAGCGAGACGGCGCCACUCGCGCUCCCGACCGUGUACGUUUCGGCCGCGACAAACCAAGCACUCAGCUCCUUCGCCGAAACGGGCGACGUGUACAUUGAGUUUGAGCCCACGAAUACCCAUGAACACCACUUUGAAGAGCUGCUGGCGCUCUCAGACAUGGCGCAGUGGCCGGCGUCGGCGCAAGGACGUCAUGUGCUCUACCACCGCGUCCGGCGCGCGCUCGCGAUCGACACCAAUGGCGCCGACAAGGUCGCAGCCCUCGACGCCCUCUACAUGCAGGCGGGUCACUUCCAUGCGUCUUCGUAGCUUGUUCGAAAAACGAAGAUUCGACGUUUUCUAGUAUACUUUGCUCAAGAUCCAAAAAUCAGCAACUUCAACAAGUUCAUUUUGCAUCUUGCUCGGUGGGUUCUCCGUGGGCUAUGGCGCCACACCUCGCUCCGUCGCCCACGAAUGCGGCCGCCACGGACGGCUACAUUGAGCACGACCGGACACCGGCGCGAAAGCUGUCGUGGCGAACGAUCAAGGUGCGGCAGCUGCUCCAGACGCUCAAGUCCAAGGCCGGGCGCUCGUUCCAGCAGCACGCAUCGCCGAACGGCAGUCCCCACGACGGCGUCGAGUAUGCGCUUCUUGCGGACGACGAUUUGUGAGAUGCGGUGAGUGUAACUAAUGUAUGAAGAAUGAAAACUGUGACGUUAGGAAAGUGAAA